AUGUCAGUUAGUAAAUUACGAGAACAACUAAUUACUUCUAACUUCUCACAAUUAGUUAAAUCAAGACUGGUUAAUUUAUUUCUUCAACAUUUAAGUUCUUUAAGAUUAGAAAAAUCAUUGAGGUUGAGUUUGCCUUCUAGUCUUAGACCAAGUAAAAAAGUAGUUGCUGAUGCUGAUUUCCCUAAAAACAUUGAGACAACCCUUUUUAUUGGAGGCAAUAAAGCUAUACCUCUUGAUGGGGGAAAUAGACAGGAAUAUUUAGAUAAUUUGAUAAAAUUAGAGAUUCUAGGUUUGGAAUUAACUGGGGGAGGGCUUUUAAGGAUGUCCUUGGCUGAUAGACAGAGGCUUUAUGACCGAAUAAAAAUAGCAGCUAAGCGCUAUGAUAACAAGCCCCAACCUAUUUAUUUAACCAUAGUUAUUUAUAAAAGGGAUAUUGAGGGAGAAAGAAUUGUUCCUGAGUUCUAUUGCCAGGACUGUGCUAUUGCUAAGCAUAAAGAAAUGGGAACAGAAUUAACUGGCUUUUCUGUUUUAGAAAAUGGAAUAGCUGCUUCAAUGGAAAGGAAAGUAAAAUUAACCCUUGGAUAUGAUGGACUUGAUAUGCCUUGUCAAGGCUGUUAUGAGUUGGAUUCCCAAAUAACUAAUUACCAAGCUGUUCGCUUAAAAAAAUGA